AAUUUCCGCACACUUUCGCAUCCUUUGCUUCGCUUGUUUCCCAUCUGCUGCUCUGAGUGUCUCAUUGGACCUAAAUUUAAUUUUUAUCCUUAACUUUAUCUUUGAUAAUAAUUUGUAAUUUGUUAGUGAUAAUAACAAACAAAAUGAAACCAGAACAAAAAUGCGUCCUUCGCUUCGCCAAACUUUCGGAUCAAGCGUUUGCUCCGACUAAAGGAUCCCAGAAAGCUGCCGGGUUUGAUCUGAAAAGUGCCUACGAAUAUACGGUCCCAGCCCGGGGAAAGCAGCUAGUGAUGACUGACAUCCAGGUUCAGCUGCCGGAAGGGUGUUAUGGUCGGGUUGCUCCUCGGUCCGGAUUGGCAGUGAAGAAUUUUAUCGAUGUCGGUGCCGGUGUGGUCGAUGAGGACUACCGGGGUAAUCUUGGCGUGGUGCUGUUCAACCACUCGGAAAACGAGUUCAAGGUGGAACGUGGAGACCGCAUAGCACAGUUUAUCUGCGAGCGAAUCUUCUAUCCGGAUUUGGAAGAGGUCAGCAGCUUGGCGGAAACGGAACGGGGCAGUGGCGGUUUUGGGUCCACCGGAACGCAGUGAGACUGAAUCGAAUAAGGUGGGUGAAUAACGUUACAUUAGGGUGUAGGCAUUGAUCUGUAUUAUAGAGUAUAAGAUUUCGAAUAUGAAUUCAUCUUUAAGCAGGUUGUACAAAGGUACUAAUAAAUGGGCCAAGUUGAA